GGAGAGGGAAAAGUUUGUUUGGGAAAAGUUCUGCAAACUUCCUCCCCCCACUCGCUCCUUUGCACCGUUUAUUUAAAUAUUACAGGAAAAGUGGGGGGGAAAGGGAGACGGCAUAGAAAAAAGUGGUGCUGAAUUCAAGGAAGGGGAGGGUUUCUUCUUCUUCUUCUUAUUCCCUCCACCUGAUCCCCCAAUUCUGUGACUUUUUUGGGAGGGUGGGUGGAGCAGGAGGGAGGGAAUCUCCCUGUUAAUCUCUGUUCUCUAUCCCUUCUCCUGGAAAAAAGGGGGAAAAUGGGUGCAGCAAAUUGUGAUGAUGAAGACUUAGAAUUCAAGCUGAUCUUUGGAGAAGAGGAGAAAGAACCUUCAGUGAUGGGGGUUCCGCUGGAAGACCUGGAUGCGGACCAUCUCCCUGCCUAUUGUUCACUUACUCUGGGGGACCCGCCUCCUUAUGCCUCUCCUCUGGGCAUCCCUUGCCCGCACCAUCUCAGUGGGGGCCGUGCCGGCAUGCAUUCGCCCCCUCCCCGGCCUGCCGACUUGGACGGUGACACCUUUGAGAGCCAGCCGGCCCGGCGGGUCCGCCUCGGAGGCUCCCGGGUGCUGGAAUGCCCCAGCAUCCAGAUCACCACUAUUUCCCCGAGCCAUCGGAUCGAGGAAGACGACUGGGACUCCUCUCCUCGGGACUACCUCCUGCUGGAGGCUUUUGGGGGCUACCGGGAGGCAGCCCCAGCUUCAGGCUUCUUCACCCCGAGUCCGGCCAGCAGCGGCAGCGUCUCUCCCUGGAGCUUUUUUUCAGACGACGAGGCCCCCGCCGGGGAUGACGUCGAGCACGAGUUGAAUGAGGCGGCUGCCCGCUUUGCCCUUAGCUCCCCCUUGGGCUCUCCACGGGGCUCCCCAAAACCGUGGUCAUCUGCCGAUGAGUCAUGGCCCACUUACGGCUAUUCCCCGAGCCGGGGAGCAGAGGAUGGAUGGAUGCUUCUCGGCCCUCGUCCGGCAUCUCCCUGCGGCAAGCGGCGUUACUCCAGCUCUGAGACACACUCCUCAGCCUCCCCGUGUUUGUCCCGGAGAGGGAGCCUAGGAGAGGAAGUUCUGGGGGACUCUGGGGAGGUGGGAGGCGAUGUGGUCCCCUUCAACUGUACCGGAGCCCGGCUGAUGGAGAGCAUUCCCCAGAAAGCCAGGAAGACUUCGACGGAGCAGACAGUCGCCUUGACCCGGAAGGAGGAAAACGGCUGCAACGGAGAAGACGGGAACGGUGGCCCAAUGGGAGGAUUUGGGCUUGGUCUGGGACGUAAAGAAGGGAUGGAUUACCUCGCCGUUCCCUCUCCCUUGGCAUGGUCCAAAGCUCGUAUCGGAGGACACAGCCCUGUAUUUAGGUCUUCUGCUCUCCCACCUCUGGACUGGCCCCUCCCCAGCCAAUAUGAACAAUAUGAGCUGAAAAUUGAAGUGCAGCCUCGAACUCACCACCGAGCCCACUAUGAGACAGAGGGCAGCAGAGGUGCAGUGAAAGCUGCUCCAGGAGGACAUCCCGUGAUAAAGCUUCUAGGCUAUGACGAAAAGCCCCUCACCCUCCAGAUGUUCAUUGGCACAGCAGAUGAGCGAAACCUACGCCCCCAUGCCUUCUACCAGGUACACCGUAUCACCGGCAAGAUGGUGGCCACCACCAGCUACGAGUCCAUCAUCAGUGGUACCAAGGUCCUUGAGAUAUCCUUGCUGCCCGAGAACAACAUGACAGCCAACAUUGACUGUGCAGGCAUCCUCAAGCUGCGAAACUCAGACAUUGAACUCCGCAAAGGCGAGACCGACAUUGGACGCAAGAACACACGGGUGCGGCUGGUCUUUCGGGUCCACAUCCCACAAGGCAACGGCAAAGUGGUCUCAAUCCAGGCGGCCUCCGUGCCCAUCGAGUGUUCCCAGCGCUCUGCUCAGGAACUCCCCCAGGUGGAAAACUACAGCCUCAGCGCAUGCUCAGUGCAUGGUGGAGAGGAGAUGGUGAUCAGCGGGGCCAACUUCCUGCCUGAAUCCAAGGUUGUCUUCAUUGAGCGGGGCCCCGAUGGAAAACUCCAAUGGGAAGAGGAGGCAAAUGUGAACCGGUUGAAAAGCACAGAGACCUCGCUGGCCCUUACGGUUCCCGAAUACAGCAACAAGCGAGCCUCGCGGCCUGUUCAAACCUAUUUUUAUAUUUCCAAUGGACGCCGGAAAAGAAGCCCAGCUCAAGCCUUUAAGUACUUGCCUGUGAUCUUCAAGGAAGAACCACUGCCGGACUCUCCCCGCCACAGUUUUCCACCUCCAGCCCCUCAUUUCCCACCCCAGGCGGUCCAAGGAGCCAUGGAUUUCUCCCCUUCCAGGCCACCCUUCCCUUACAGCCCCGAGCGCUCCCCACCCUGCUCCCCCUAUGGCCCCAAAUGGAACCCUUGCUCCUUCCCCACCCCGCCCCGCUACAGCCCCACCUUCCGCUUCCCUGCCAACGAGGCGUACAGCGGUGGCGUUAACCUCUCCAUGUCGCUCCUCGCGCCUCCCGCCCCGCCCCACUUCCACGCUUUGGAUGGCUGCCCCCCACACUUCCAGGGCCCCAGCCCCCAGCUCAGCCCUCAACCGCCAGGACGGGGAGACGCUCACGGUGGGGAGAGGACGUCAGAAUGGACGGAUCCGGAGCUGGCGCCGGAGGAGCCUAGCACCAAGGAGUUGGAAAAGCCAGGAUUUGGUGGCGAAUUUCGGGAUAGUUUGCCCAUCCAUGGGAUCACGCUGGAGGAAGUAACCGAGAUCAUCGGGAGGGACCUGAGCGACUUCCCCAACCCGUCUUGCGAAGGAGGGCGGAGCUGAGGAACGGCGCCCCUCCAGGACAUUCAAAAUCUUCCAGACAAAAGGAGAAACUGCUCCGAGAAGGGCAGCCGGCAACGUUGAACCCGAACAACAGUUUUGCCAGUCUUCAGGGACCCUUGUAUUUAUAUAACAUCUGACAUUGAGUUUCCUGCCUGUCCUGUUGCAUUCCCUUGUCUCCUGAUACAGUACUUCUAUAAAACGCACUGCCACUCAAGACUUCCCACAGUGGAUAAUAGUAGAGGUUCUUUUUGACGAAUCUUCUGUCCUUUGACGACGUCCAACCCGGAGAAGCCUUAAGGAGGUUGACACCGCAGGCAUCCUCCUCCUGUCCGUCUGCCGUGUCUGAUCAUCGGGAGAAAACACAGGACUGUGGACCAAAACUGGGUUUGGACAAUUGGCUAUCAUGGCCCCUAAGAGGCCCAGCCUUUCCUCCAUUUAUCUAACACCCUUUUAAAUCACUCUGUGAUGUUGGCCAGCGGACGGUCUGUGGCAACGGAGUUCCAUGGAUUAGUCAUCCCAAAAAUAGCCAUGCUAGUAAAACCUUCCAAUUUACCACAUUGUCAUGUCUUGUCUGUACAUUCAUCCAAUUUCUUCUAUGUUAUCUACAGUACCUGUCUGUUUAUCCAUUAUCCAUCCGUAACAUUCAGUCUAUUUGGGUCUUUUCUCUUUUAUAAUGGACAAGAGGUGAUUCUACCCUCCCAUAAUGGUUUUUAAUGGCAAUGUCAGAGAUGACAUCCAUAAAAGCUGGAAUAAUAUUCUCAGGCAUAGCAAGGUUUUGUGGAGCCUUAUGUGAGAGAGUUCUGCAGUGAGACAUUUGUAAAAGCUUCCCCAAAAGCCAGAGAAUUCAUAAUUUUUCUCUCUCUUCCCAUCUUGUAGUUUAGAAUUGUGAGAGAAUCUGUUGUGUGUUCCGAAAGGCAGGAGCAGGAACAGUAAGCACAAAUAAUCAGGUUAUUUUACAUCGAUUCUUUCCCACUUCUAUAUAUACCAAAAACAAAGGUCAUUCUUAUUUCCAUGCAGAUUUUUAGAGAACUGUAAAAAUCCAUGUAAAACAGUGAUUUUUUUUUAAAAAAAUGAAAUAUUUAAAAAGUACUUAUGAGCUGCUCCAAGAACUUAUUGUUGUUGUUGUUGUUAAUUAACUAGGCACCAAAGUUCCUGUCGUUUGUGUUAAAACAAAACAAAACCAAGCCAAAAUUAACCACAGUGCACUUAGGGAUCUCAAUCUCAGCUUAUUUUGUUUUCCUGUGUGAGAACGAAAAUGUCAAAAGUUGUUUACCAGCUGGGUGAGCUUAUAACUUCUGCAUUUUUUAAAACCGUUCAAGACUUUUGUAGGGGAAAAAUUAACAAUCCCAAAAUCCCACCCAUCCAAGAUUUUGUAUUUUCUGUAAUAUGUAUUUUGUUAAUGUUUCUGCUGAGAGGGAAAAAAAGAAAAAGUGCUGGUCUUUUUUCGGACUCGUGCGUAAGCAGAAAUUCCUGUGGUGGCUGAAAACAGUGUUUUCAAUGGGAUGAGGAGACACCUUUUCUACACGAUAAAAUUCUUGGCCCUUUUACUGUACACAGAACUUGGAAGUAAUGGUCAGAAUUAGAGAUGGGCAUGAACCGCCUGUUCGGGCAGUUUGUGGUGGUUCUUUUUUUUGUCCGAACUCGUGUUCAGCACUUCUCAGCCCCGCCUCCUCUAGCAGGCACUCGCUCAGCAGCAGCAUCCUGGCUUCUUUGCCCCACCUCUUCUGGGAACUCUCUCUGAGUGGCCA